AUGGAGAGAGAAGAGAAAGACAUUAACUCCAUCUCACUUCCAACCUUUGAUGAAUAUGGAGCUGAAGAGGAGACUAAUGGUGCACCUAAUCUCUUUCACAAGAUAAGAAUCUUUACACCAAAAGAUUCGGAGCUUAAAGGUGACCAAUCCAUUGAAGAGAAGCUUGAGAGAACUAUGAAGCUUUUCCCCAAGGCAUUGGUUUUCAAAGAUGAUGUGAGAGAUGACUAUGGCGCGACAACACCACCACAAGAGCCACUGAACCGGAGAAUGGAGAAGCUAAAGGGAUCCUUUGCCCUUCAGCCACUCUUCACCACGAUUAAAGAAAGAAAAGGAGUCAAGCUAAAUGACUUAAAACAAAAGCGCUUUAUGGGAGGCAACCCAUAUGGUUUUUAA